CUAUGGGCAUGACAUUGCACCGCUGCAACUCUCCUAUUUCUACCACACACUCCCCAAACCUCCCUCCUCUCUGCCGCCUCUCCCUCGGUAUCCCCAAUCUUCACCACCUCGCUUGUUAAACUAUCCUCCUCCUCCCUUCUCCAUGGCUCGACGGAAACUCGCCAGAAGGACGACGACGAUCGGCAGCAUCGCCUCCCACAAUCCGGAUAUGGUAUCUGCUCUCUCAUCGCCACCACUAUCGCCACUACCACCACCGCCAGCGUCGCCGCCACCAUCGGCCUUUCCCGGCGAAAAACGGCCUAGCCAUGAGGACAGAUGUGAGGAGGAGGAGGAAGAGGACGCGAAGGCGGUCAAGAGGGCCAUGAGCACUUCUCAAGAGGCUUCAUCUCCUCAGCCGCCGCCGCCUCCCGAGAAGCUGACCGAUAGCGGGAACUGCGGGAGGGAGAGGCUGCAGAGACACCGGAGUCAGGUGGCGGGGAACGUCUGGAUACCGGACGUGUGGGGGAAGGAGGAGUUCCUCAAGGACUGGACCGACUGCGUCGCCUUCGAUCGGUCGCUCGUUCCCUCCGGCCUUGUCUCCGCCAAGUCUGCGCUCAUCGAGGAGUGCCGGCGGAGCGCCGCCGGUGCCAAGGGCGUCCGAAUCAAUCUCGGCGCCAACUGAGCUUGUGAAUCCACCGCUGUUCUCGAAGGGAAGAUUUGAGGAAUCGAUUCGUGUUUCCUUAUUUGUUUCUUUCCUCUGCUCCUCUUUUUUUCGAUUCUUCCUCCUCCAUUGUUCCGUUCCUUUCACUGGUUUGCCUAAUUACUUGUCUUCCAUAUUUGACCAUUAAAAUUGUUAUAUAAUUAAUUUACUCAA